GGAAGCCACAAAGGCACUUUUACGGAAACUUUGCUGUAACAUAGCACAAAUAGAAGAGAGAGAGGAGAGAGAGAGACGCACUCACUCACUCACUCACUCACUUAGAAACGUAUCUUUCGCCUAAAUGUUUCCCUACCCUUUUUGAGAUUCCUCAAAACGACCGAUUAUAAUUCACAAGCAUCAAGCUUUUCCAAGCUGGGACUGCUCGGAUCAAAGACUCGGCACUCAUGUGAAUAUCGUAUUUUUCUUUGAGCUUUGAGUUGUUGUGAAAAAUAACUGGACUUUUUGGGACAUUGUUGAUAAUGGAGAACCCUAGGACUCCAGAAACCCUAGAAGCUCAAAACCCAAGUGGUAAAACCCUAGAAGAGGGUUCUGGGUUGUUAGAGUGGAGUGAAAACUGUACUGGGUUAGAAUCUUUUUCUGACGUUGUUGGACUUGGAACUGUGGAAGCGGCAGCUCAAGUGUUAGAAGCUGAGAAAGGAACUCUAGAUGGUAUAAAAGGAGAAGAUUUGGAAUUGGGUGUGGAUUCGAUGUCUGGUGUUUUAAACAGUUGCGUGAAAGGUGUGGGGGCUGAGGAGGUUGUUUUGGUUAAUGGUGAGUCUGAUGGAGACAAUGAGGUUCAAAUGGGCUCUAAGCAGUUGCAACCAGAUAAGGAAAAUGAUGUUCAAAUGGGUUCAGUGGAGCCACAAUCAGAUGGGAGCUUAGAGGGCUUGGGUGGAGAUGAGAGUAAAAAGGAUGGAGAUCAGAAGAUGGCUGACGAUGAUGGCAUGAAUGAAGACAAAGCAUUGGGACCAAAUGGGAUUGAUACAGCUAGCAAGAAGAUAGAAGUUUCUGGUGAAGGUAUAUCGCUGUUUGUGGAUUUUAGUGGGCCUCCGCCAGGAUUUAAUGAAAAUGAUCUUCAUGUGACAAGUUUUCCUGGGUAUGAAAGCAAGGAAAAUCUAGAAGAAUUUGGAGAUGAUGAACAGGAGAACAGUAUUGAUUAUCAAUAUUAUGAUUUUGCUGUGGGUGAUAUUGUAUGGGUUAAAACCAAAACUCAGACAUGGUGGCCGGGGAAAAUUUAUGAUCCUGUAGAUGCAUCAAAGUAUGGUGCGAGCGAUGAACAAGGGGCUUGUCAACUUGUUGGAUAUUUUGGGAUGAGUCAUGUUGCAUGGUGCCAUCCUUACCAACUAAAACCUUUUCAUGAGUACUUUGAGCAGAUGUCAGGGCAGAACAAGGCUAGAAUAUUCCUUGGAGCUGUAGAGAAGGCUCUCGAAGAGUUUGGUCAGCGUGUAAAAUUGAAUAUGACUUGUAUGUGUGUUCUGAAAGAAAAUCGCCUCUCAGUUGGUGGUGCAGCAUCUGAUGAAGGAGUUCCAAUGCCUGAGCGCAAAUCUGGUGAACUUGGUGAAUUUACAAUUACUCAUUUUAAUUCUGCAGAGUUUCUUGCACAUCUCAAAAAUCUUGCACAAGUUGUUUCAUCGGUUGGAAUGCUUGAUUUUACUGUCACACGAAAUCAAUUAUCAGCCUUCUACCGCUCCAUAGGUCACAGCCAGCUGCCUAUGCAUCUACUCCAGGAGACAAAUUAUGCUAGAGACGUUGCUCAUUACAGGUCAAUGGCUACAAGUAAUGCUGACAUUCAGGUUGGACAUGAAGAUACUGAGUUAGGUGAAGUGUUCUUGAAAAGCACACCAUUAACUACUUCGCAGAAGCGAUCAAAGGAUAAAGUUUUACAUCAAGAGACGAAUGAAGGGAAUGCAGUUUUAGUCAAGGGUUUUGAUGGGGACAAUGGUGCUGAUAAAGGUUUCAUCUCAGGUUUAAAAUCCAGGAAGAGAAAGAUGAAGCGGGAUUCUGAAGUUGAACAUGAGAGCAAGGCUUUCGAUGUAGCAAAUGAUGAUGGUGCGAAUGAGGGAAUGAUUGAAAAAGGCAUGGAGUCAAGAGAACGGAAGAAGAGCAGGUACUUGUCUUACCCAUACAUAAACUGGGAGCAGAAAGGAUUGCUUGCUGAAAUGGAUGAUGGCAAAGUUUUAAAAGCUACUCAUGAAGGUGUCGCUGCAAAUACUGAUGCUGGCCAAUCUAGUGGGCCGCCUUCUAAUUUUAAAUGCAGCGGUGAGAAGUUCUGGAGAAAAUGGUAUAGAAGGCUUACAGGUGUAAGUGGCAUAUCUGGUAAUUCAAACUUAAAAGAUGCAUCUUCUGCUAACUUGCUUUCUGAAGUCUACUCUGCUGCUGUCGACUGCCUAUAUCCAAAUGAAAACAAGACAUUUGAUUCAGUUGGCUGGUUUUUUUCUAGAUUCAGGAUUUCGGCGUUCCAUUGUGAAACCUAUGGUAAUAGUAUGGCUGGUCAGGAUGAGGAUAAAGAUGCUAAACCCUGCCUGUUGGGUAGUGGUCAGAAUGAGGCAAAAUGUGAACCCAAAAAUAAGAAAAAGGCUAAUCUGAAGCAUCCAGAGGGUAAAGAUUCUGCCAGCCUGCCGAGUUUAGAUCAAAUCACCACAACUGCUAAAAAAGAAAAGAAAAGGGGACGAGCAAAUUUGGGAAAAUUGAAGACUAAAUCCCUUUCUGGGCUAUCAGAUGUGAAUAUAAGCAUUUCCGCUGAUAACUUUUUGGGGCAAGAUUCCUUGGAUAUAAGUCCUCUCAUGCCUUGUGGUAAACCUAAGCAAAAGAAAAGCAAGAUGGAGGAACGAGCAAGUCCAGUGUGUCUGCAGACUAAACAAACCACUGGCAUACCAGAUUUGAAUGGGAACAAUCUUGUACCUAGCCUUCUCGUUGAUGAUCAACAGGCUAUUGGCCAUGCUGCUUCUGAAGGUAAAGUUGAGUUAGAAAAGGGGUUAGGGAAUGAAACUGCUUCGGAGCCUUCAAAGCCUAAUAUCAUUGCUGGCUUUGUAGAUACGAAUGGAAACAAUGUGAAACCUGGUACAUUGGUUGUAGAUUUGCGGAUAUCUCCCCAAGCUUUGUCAUGUCUAGACUCUAAACAGGUCACCGGCCUGCUCUCAGCUGAAAGUAGGCCUGUACAGAAAAAGAGAAAGAGAAAGGAGAAAGCAGAAGCAAAGCAUCCAGCUGAUGGUAUUCCAGAUUUGAAUGGAAAUAGUGCUGAAUGCAACUCAUUCGGAAAGGAAUUCCAGGAGUCCAAUGGCCUUGCACCUCCAAUUAAACCUGAGAGGAAGAAGAGGAGGAGAAAAGGAGAAGCUACUACUAUACAGAGGAAACUGGAUAUGAAUCAUGGUAAAGCACAGAUUACUGAAAAGGCUCUAGGGACUGCUCUUCUGUUGACCUUUUCCCCAGGAGUACCAAUGCCUUCAAAAGAUGAUUUAAUUUCAACAUUUUGUCGGUUCGGGCCCUUGAAGGAAUCAGAGACACAGUUGUUAAAAGAUCCUGGUUCUGCCCAGGUCGUAUUCAUGGAAAAUGCUGAUGCUGGAGAAGCAUUUCGGAGUUUAGAGAAGAACAACCCUUUUGGUGCAAACCUCGAUAGUUACAAGCUGUUUCAUCUUCCAUCUGUGUCCAGGGUUUUAGAAACAGGCUGGUCUCUACCUACAAGUCUUUCCUCUCCAACUAUGCCUGGAAAGGCACCUCGCCUUGACUUCAUAAGGCAGAAUCUUCAGAUGAUGACAUCAAUGCUAGAGACGUCGGGGGAUAAUCUUUCUCCAGAGAUGAGAGCCAACCUAGAGUGUGAAAUUAAAUCCCUCCUGCAGAAGGAAGGGAUAAAGUUGUUGAAUAUAUGGUUAGAAGGAGAAAGAUCGAUUGGUUUCUGUAAAUAUCUUGGAAAGAACACUGCAGAGCUUAUACCAAAUGAGAUUCCUCAAUCUGAAACCUGGCCUUUUUUCACUAAUAUGCUCAUUCAGUGCGCUUCGUUGGAGAUAUCCUCAAGCAAGCGACCAAAGUUGAUAUUUGCAAAGACUCUACGGGUAGUGGUUCAGCGAGCAGAGGAUGAUAAUUUUUCAGGCAAGCCGUUGCCAUUGUUACCUGUGGUUAAAAAUCUUUUUAAUCAUAUAUGGGAGGUUGUAAAAAAUGUCACAAGCUUUCAAUCGGAAUAUGGGAUUGUUCUCCGGCAUCUAUUGGCUGUCAGAGAUUAUCGAUUUCACAUGAGGAAGGACAUCUAUUGCAAGCUGGUGAAAAAGUACAUGAAGUUGGUAGAGGACAGCUGGGGUGGUAAGAAUGAUAAUCAAUAUCAUCCCAAGGAGGAGGUCUUUCGCUGCAUUCUUACACUCCAUGCGCUUUUGGAGAAUCCGCCUGGAGAUUUCCCACAUAAUCUCAGGGAAGACAUUGUUAAGCGUUUUGUCAAAAUUUUCUGUUUCAUUAGGGAUGAGGGAAAGAUUUCGCGAAAACUUAUUGAGUGUAUCAAUACAUUUUUGAUAAAAGAUGGUCCAAAUUUGGAUUGUGAAUCCUUGGAGAUCCAUAAUGCCGUGCAGCAAUUUGUGUUCCGGUGUUGGCUGACAACCCAUGAUCGAGCCCUUAAGGAUGUACUUAUUCUUUAUGCAAGGUUACAGCUGAAUAUUACUAGAGGUGCUACUGAUGGGAGCAUUUUGGUACAUCAACUUCUAGACAUAGUUUACAAGGAGCUAGAUCAAAGCUAUAUAUCCAAUGCUAAUGUGCCUAGGACUGAUGGAACUAAAGAUGACAAGUUUGGUACUUUGAGUAGCUCACAUUGUGGUCUGGUUGAGCUUGCAGCCGCUGUACUUUAUCGGGCUUGUACUAACAUGACUAAAGCACCAUCAACUGAAAAGCGGGUCAAGGGAGAGCAUGCUGCUGCCCAUUUAAGAGAGGCUCUCAUGAAAGGAAAAUGGUUGUGGAAUGCUUCAUUUUGUUUUCUGACUCGUAAAUACCACACACGUAUUAGUAAGGAUAUUUUCAUCUACUGGUUCGAGGGCAUAUGCACAAGCUUUCAAAGAAUUUUGAAUGAUGCAAAUAUGGUGCAUGCUUAUGAUGGUUUGCUCUGGACCCUGAGGAGCUUGCAGGAACUCUCUUCUGUGUUGCUUUCAGAUCCGAAGCUGAAGAAGCCAUCAAGCUCCUCGUGCUUGAAUGAGUUCGAUUGUGGUUGGCAAGUUGUGUGGACUUGCCUGAUGCAGGGGUUGCCAUUGUUCAGUAAUGUAACUCCAGUUGUAGAUGCUGCUAUGGUGCUCCUUGGAAACAUAAUAUCAAAUGAUCUUAUAUACACAUGUGUUGUACCUCAGGAUGUUUGGGAUCUUAGGUUAUUUAAACAAAUGCCAUCAGUGUCUGUCUUGUAUUUUAUUUCGUGUUACUUCUCAAAGAAAGUUUCACAAGGUGAUGUUCGAGACAUUUUACAUCUGAGAAAAAACCUCCUGAGAUCAGUUUUGGGUCAACUUAAAUGGAUGGAGUCUUCUGUGCUUAAUGAGCAGUUGGUGUUAUUGUUACCUGCAACUGUUUAUUCUUUGUGUGCUGGUGGUGCUCCUUUUGCUCAAUGCUGUAAAGAGCUUCCUCUAUCUUACUCUUUUGUAGAUGUUACUGAGGCUUCAGAGAAGCCAGAAGAACCUGAGCACGAUUGUCUGCAUGGGCUAUUUGACUGCACUGUGGAAGUUCUCGCUAAUAUUGAUCCCAGCUCUAGCGUUGAGGUUUUCCCCUCCCAAACCCAUCCAAGUGUAUGGCUCCCCACGCAGAUAAGGGAUCCACUGCUUUUUGAGAUGGAGACCCUUAUUCUUGAAGCUCUAGUAGACAAGGAGAUGGGAAAGAGACCUCUAUCUGAUGCAUUCUUUAUAUGUGCUCUAUUGUCAAACUUCAUCUAUGGUUCAGUCUUGACGAGUGUUGCACUUGUGGGCCGCAUAGUGUACUUCUGGGGUUGUAGACAUGUUAUGUUCAACACUGUGCAGUAUACCCUUUAUGUCUACAUACUGAUCCUGAUUCCAGAUGUUGUGCAAAGAGAGGAAGCUUCAUCAUUCCUUUCAAAAUUGGGCCAAUACCUUUUAGAAUGGCUCAACUGUGCAGUUCAUGUCACCCAAGGAAACCACAAUGAUUUUCUGGCUCUUGGUUGCUUGGGCUCUGACUUUGCCUCUAAUGGAACAAGCUCUAUUGUUGCUUCCUUAAGGAGUUUUGUUUACUCCCCUAUCUUCAGUAGGUGGAAAGAUCAAAAUCAUGUGGAUGUUGAACUUUAUGGUUCCAUCAUCCAAUUGAUGGAGAGGCUUUUAAAAGCACUGGCUAAGGUGUAUGAAGUUUACGGUAAUGGUGUAAGUAGUCAUAAGUAUGAUGUGGCCCUGCAAGACUUAUCAGCAUGUGAUACCCAACUACAAAAUUCUUGUCCUUCUGGUAGCCAGAAAAGUAGGAUUGUGGACAUGGAGUUGGAUGUUAAUGAAGAUUCCAGAGAUGUGGAUGUAUUAACUGUUGGUGGUAAAAUUGCCAGUAGGGUAUCCUCUUCUGUAGAGAAAUGGAAGCUGGACAUGAUAUUGCUUAUUUCACAUUUUUUCCCAGUUUUACACGUUACCUGGGAUGUCCUGUUUGAACUCCUGUUGAAAGAAAGUGAUCAAAUGGUGCGGGAAAAAAUUCUACUUAGUCUUUGUCAACAUCCAUACUGGUCAUCUCCUGAAAAUGUUACAGACAUGGUCAGUUUAAUGAAUGAAAUGGUUAAGAUGAAAGUCAGUCUUAAACUUGAUUGUGUUAAGAUAUUAUCUGCCAUUCGUGGUUUGCUGGGCACUUUAUCAUCCUUGGACUCUAUCAGGAAGGAUAAAUUUGUCAUUGUCUCAUUGGGGCAAAGAGGAUCUAAGCAGAACUUGAUGCAUCUUGGAGAUGUGGUGAACAAAGUUGCUGAAUGUGAUCUUCUUGACUGGUUUGGACGUGCCAAGCUAAUUAAUUGCAUAUGCGAUUUUGUUUUACUUAGUCCUCAAAUUGGUCAGACACUGAUUGAAAGGUUGUUGUUGAUGCUCCAAGAUCCUGAUUAUCGAGUCCGGUUCUCCCUGGCCAGACGAAUUGAUGUUCUUUUCCAAACAUGGGAUGGACAUGAGGAAUUAUUCCAUGAUAUCUGUUCCAACUUUGGUGUGUUGUUGGUGUUUCCCUCAAAAGAAAAACUUGUUGCUGCAAGUGAGGUCGUAGCUGUCGGUCCACAGCCUCGUCCCACAAUGGAAACUGUUAUUAUCACUCUUAUGCAUCUUGCUUUGCAUAGUGAGAAAAUAGAGUUUGAGGCUGUGUUCAUGAUAUGUGUGGUUUCUGCUAUUGAUCCUGGUCAGAGGGAACUGGUUGUCGCAGUACUUGAUAAUCUCUCCAGGCAGCUGCAUUAUACAACUAGGUUUAAGUACUUGGAAGAGCUUAUGGGAUCAAUUCUCUUUUGUUGGAUUGCUUGUGGUGUAAGCCUUGCUGCUCUUGUUGAGGUAAUGCAAUUAUUUGUAUCAGAUUCCGAACCUAGUUAUUUCAUGCAGUAUUGCUGCCAUUGGCUUCUUCCAGCUCUACUUCUGCAUGGGGAUCACUGCAAUCUCAGCUGGGUUGCUAAGAUUGCUUGUCAACCUCUGGAAGUUCUGGUGAAAAAUCACUUUGUGCAGAUUUUUUCAGUUUGCAUGGCAUUGCAUUGCAGUAAGAAAUCUGGGUGGGAAAAGGGAGCAGAUGUGCUUCAGAAUUCAAUUUUGCAUCUUGCUCAGAUAUCCGAGAAUGAACGAGACAAAAUCAUCAAGAAAAAUAUGGUAUCUAUUGUCAGCCACAUUCUGUCUCUUUCCUCGUCUGCAUCAAACCCUGCAGUUCCAUUCUUUUCCAGGGACACGAUUGCACGUGCAAUUCAGACAGUUGUUGACGGAUUUUUGGAGAUGGAGGAUGAUGCUACUAGUAUCUGUGUUGUUGACAAGAUAAACAUUUUUCGCGCAGAUAGGGUUUUCAUGUUUAUAGUGGAACUGCAUCAUAAGAUUGCAGCAGCAACCCACCAUAGGCAUACAUGUCACCGACUGACUGGAGUUGAGGUGCUUAUAGAUAUUCUUGGGUAUAGAGCUGCUGUUGCAAGCACUUCCAAUUAUCUUUUCAAUUUGGUUGGUCAAUUCAUUGGUUGCCGUGCUUUACAAGAUCAAUGCUGUCGUAUCAUUUCUGCAUUGCUGAAAACUUUUAAAAGUAAUCCAUCCAAAGAAAUUAUCAGUGUUCUGGGUGAGCAACUUCAGUUUUUAGUGUCAAAGUUGGUGGCAUGUUGCAUUCCCACUGAAGCUAAGGGAGAACAAUCUGGCAGCAGAUCAUCCCAAGUCUUGUCUUUGCUCCUCGAGCUCACUGUGGAUUCUGAUCCAUCUCUUUAUGAUUACAUCAGAGAAUUGGAGCCCUUCCCUGAAAUAGAUAUCUUUGAUGGGAUUCGGAAGUUCCAUCAGGAUUUAUGCCGAGCUUACUCUCCACGAGAUCAUUUGUUGAAGUUUGUUAAGAGAUCUUGCUACCUUCCGCCAAGAUUACUUCUGUGGAGUCUCCAAGCACUGCACAAGAAGUUUCUUUUGGGUGAGACAUUUCAAAGUGAAAAGAAUACAUAUUGGCAUUGUGACCAGGAAAUUAUCAGUGCUGUCUGGACACUGGUCCGCAUGUGUGGCUCGGAUGAUACAAAUACUGUUAGAGUUUUGCUCUCUGAUUUCAUAUCUAGGGUUGGUGUUGGGGAUCCACAUUGUGUUGUUUUUCGUCUUCCAGGAAACUCUAGUGAUAUCCAUGUCUACCAACCUAUUAGUCAUGACUCUUCUACAGAAGUCAAAUUUCCGAUGGAUACUGGCUUAUCUGAAGAACUUGUGGUUGCACUUUUGAAACUUCUGAAAAAGUACCUGAUGGAUGAUUCCGUUAAAAUAGUUGAUAUGACAUCUCAAGCUCUUCGGGGAAUUCUUUCAACUCAAAGGGGUCAAAGUACUAUGUUGUCAUUUGAUUCUUAUGAGAGGUCUCUUAUUGAGGUUCACUCAAAGGGUGUCAAUAUUGAGUUGGUGGAGAAGCUCCUUUUCGAUCUGGAAAUUAAGUUUAAAGCUGAAGCAAUUCCAUUAGAGAAUUCUACUGUAUGGGUGACAGAUGGUAAAACUUUCGAUACAUGGAUUUGUCAACUUGUCUACUCACUAAUUGGCUAUUGCAGUGAUGUGAUUCUGAGAUUAUGUCAGGAUGUUGUGUUGGCAAAAGCUGAAGUUGCCGAGCUUCUAUUACCAAGCCUUGUUGUCAAUCUUGCUGGAAGGAAGGAUAUGGAUGUUGAUCUCCUCAAAUUAAUCUCUUUGCAGGUGCAGGAAUAUGUAUUUACAGACUCUAAUACGUUAAUCAAAUCAAUUCAAAUUUGGUUGAAUGCCCUUAAUGAACUUCGGUUAUGUCAUGUGAUGCAAAGAACUUCUUUGUUGCCAUCGAGGGCAGAAAUUUCCAAGAGUGCUAAGCCUUCUAGUUAUAGCUCCAAAUCCCGUUCCACCCCUGGAAAGGCUGGAGAUUCAGCUCCUGCGUUAAGUGGAACGGCAAUGGCGACGUCUUUAUGGGACAAGGUUUAUUGGCUUUCUAUUGAUUAUCUUAUCGUCGCCAAGUCAGCAGUUAUUUGUGGCAAUUACUUUACUGCCGUGAUGUACGUGGAGCAUUGGUGUGAAGAGCAUUUCAACAGCCUCACACUGGGGAGCCCAGAUUUCUCUCACAUUGAAGCGUUGCCACAUCAUAUUGAAAUACUUGUCGCAGCCAUCACUCAGAUCAAUGAACCUGACAGCUUAUAUGGGAUCAUCCAGUCACACAAGCUGACCUCUCAAAUCAUUACCUUCGAGCAUGAGGGAAACUGGAGCAAGGCCCUUGAGUAUUAUGACUUGCAAGUACGUUCAGCUUCCUUGGUACCAGUGGAUUUUGGUUCCAGAAAUUUAUCACUGGAAGAGACUCAACCCACAGAUCAUUUAUCCAAUCCCACAUUGGAAAAUGCGAUGAGGCAGAGGAAACCUUAUAAAGGUCUGAUUAGAUCUUUGCAGCAAACUGGUUGUAUGCAUGUUCUAGAUUUGUAUUGCCAAGGAUUGACAACUCGGAAGGGACACUUUCAUCAUGAUCUGGAGUUUACUGAAUUGCAGUAUGAGGCUGCUUGGCGUACUGCAAACUGGGAUUUCUCCUUACUUCACGUUGGGAAUAAUUCUAUUUCAUCAAGUAUGCACAUCAAAAGUGAUCAUUUUAAUGAAAAUUUGCAUAGUUGUUUGAGGGCUCUGAAAAAAGGAGAUUUCAAUGAGUUUCACGGAAAGCUGAAAAACUCAAAGCAGGAGCUUGUGUGGUGUGUUUCUCGUGCUAGUGAAGAAAGUACUGAACACAUAUAUUCAGCAAUAAUUAAGCUCCAGAUCCUUUAUCAUCUUGGCAUGGCUUGGGAUUUGCGUUGGACAUCAUCUCAUUAUGGUGAGGGUAUAAAUUCUUAUCCAGAGAUGGAAGAAGUGAAUUCUGAACCUGUAAUCCCUACCAUAAAUCAGUUAUCUUGGCUGAACAUGGAUUGGAGUUCCAUUUUGGAACGGACCCAGUUACACAUGAAUUUACUAGAGCCUUUGAUAGCGUUCAGGCGAGUUCUACUUCAAAUCUUAAGUUGUAGGGACUGUAUGGUGCAACAUCUUCUGCAGUCCACAUCUACCCUCCGUAAGGGUUCUAGAUUUUCUCAAGCAGCUGCAGCUCUGCAUGAGUUUAAGUUCCUCUGUGUCGAAUCAGGAGAGCAAGAUUCGUCCCUAUAUUGGCUUGGAAGGCUUGAAGAAGCUAAGCUUUUGCGUGGCCAAGGUCAGCAUGAGAUGGCAAUCAGCCUCGCAAAAUAUGUCUCACAAAAUUUCCUGUCAAAUGAAGAGUCUUCAGAUGUUCAUCGCUUGGUUGGGAAAUGGCUGGCAGAGACUAGAUCUAGCAACUCAAGAACUAUUUUAGAGAAGUAUUUGAAGCCUGCUGUUUCACUUACCGAGAAUCAGAAGGCUGCAGACAAGAGGUCCAGAGAUAGACAAAGCCGAACACAUUUUCAUCUUGCACACUAUGCAGAUGCUCUAUUUAGGAGUUAUGAGGAAAGACUAACCUCUAAUGAGUGGCAAGCAGCUAUGCGUUUAAGGAAACACAAGACAAUGGAAUUGGAAGGGGAGAAGAUUGACUACUCUGUCAAAAUUCAAGAGCUGCAAAAGCAACUUGCAAUGGACAAGGAGGAGGCCGAAAAACUUCAGGAUGACAGGGACAAUUUCCUUAACCUAGCAUUGGAGGGAUAUCAACGUUGUUUGGUUGUUGGCAACAAAUAUGAUGUGCGAGUGGUUUUUCGGCUAAUUUCCCUGUGGUUCUCUCUCUCUUCUAGAAAAAAUGUCAGAGACAGUAUGCUUACCACAAUCACUGAGGUUCAGUCUUACAAAUUCAUCCCUUUAGUAUACCAAAUUGCUUCAAGAGUGGGUAGCUUAAAGGAUUGCCCUGGACCUCAUAAUUUUCAGUUUGCUUUGGUUUCUCUUGUAAAGAAAAUGGCUAUUGACCAUCCAUACCAUACUAUCUUUCAGCUUCUAGCAUUGGCAAAUGGUGACCGUAUCAAAGACAAGCAGCGCAGCAGGAACUCAUUUGUGGUAGAUAUGGAUAAAAAGCUUGCAGCAGAGAAUCUUUUACAAGAGUUAACAUCAUAUCACGGAGCUAUGAUAAAUCAAAUGAAACAAAUGGUAGAGAUCUAUAUCAAACUUGCUGAACUAGAAACAAAGAGAGAGGAUACCAAUAGAAAGGUAAUGCUACCAAGAGAACUGCGUAAUCUUCGACAGCUGGAACUUGUGCCUGUUGUGACAGCUACCUUUUCCAUUGACCAGAGUUGUCAAUACCAUGAAGGCUCUUUCCCCUACUUCAAAGGAUUAGGAGAUUCAGUUGUAGUAAUGAAUGGUAUAAAUGCUCCAAAGGUGGUCGAAUGCCUAGGUUCUGAUGGCUGCAGAUACAGACAGCUGGCAAAAUCUGGAAAUGAUGAUCUAAGACAGGAUGCUGUAAUGGAACAAUUUUUUGGUUUAGUCAACACCUUUCUACAGAACCACCGGGAUACAUGGAAAAGAAGAUUAGGAGUGCGCACAUACAAGGUAGUUCCAUUUACUCCAAGUGCUGGUGUUCUUGAAUGGGUUGAUGGCACUCUUCCUCUUGGUGAAUAUCUUAUAGGAAGCAUGAGAAAUGGAGGUGCCCACGGUCGCUAUGGGGUGGGGGACUGGUCAUUUCAAAAAUGCCGAGAACACGUGGCAAAUGGAAAGGACAAGCGCAAGGCAUUCCAGGAAGUUUGUAGGAAGUUCAGGCCUGUCAUGCAUCAUUUUUUCUUGGAGAGAUUCUUGCAACCAGCUGACUGGUUUGAAAAGAGACUUGCAUACACACGAAGUGUUGCUACUAGUUCAAUGGUUGGUUAUAUUGUUGGCCUUGGAGAUCGACAUGCUAUGAAUAUCUUAAUUGAUCAAACCACUGCAGAAGUUGUUCAUAUAGAUCUUGGUGUUGCCUUUGAACAAGGCUUGAUGCUUAAAACACCAGAAAGGGUUCCAUUCAGACUUACAAGGGACAUCAUUGAUGGAAUGGGUAUCACUGGAGUGGAAGGGGUUUUCAGAAGAUGCUGUGAAGAAACUCUUUCUGUUAUGAGGACAAAUAAAGAAGCACUACUGACCAUCGUUGAAGUUUUUAUUCAUGAUCCACUUUAUAAGUGGGCUUUAUCACCUCUGAAAGCUUUGCAGCGUCAAAAGGAAACGGAUGACGACUUGAAUUUAAGCUUCGAAGGCUUGCAAGAUGGAUAUGAAGGUAAUAAGGAUGCUGCACGUGCGUUGAUGCGUGUAAAACAAAAACUAGAUGGAUACGAAGAAGGAGAGAUGCGAAGCAUACAUGGACAGGUUCAACAACUUAUACAAGAUGCUAUCGAUCCCGAGCGUCUUUGUCAACUGUUUCCUGGAUGGGGAGCAUGGUUGUGAUGGAUUUGUCUCCGUCAGCUUAGUCCCAUCCCAACAGCUUCAAAUCAUCUUGUAUAGGCGGCAUUAAAUUUUAUCAAGUUUUGUGAUCUGUUCUUUUCUUCUGUAUAUAUUCCCGAGUAUACGAGGUGUAGUCGGUCCAUGUAUAGUAUGCUCCAAUGCUUAUGGCAGCUAGUUGCAUCAGGUCAAUUAGAUUGUAAUUAUUGUAAGCAAUAAUGUAUAUCAUUUGGGUGGGGACAAAUUGGAAGGAAAAACAAAAAGCCGACAACUAUAUAUUUUAUACGAAAACACUUGAGAGAGCCCAAUUGGAGAAACAAAAAAAAAUUCAUCUAG